CCAAAAUCCUCAUUCUCCUUCAUGGAUACUUCUCUUUUCACCACCCAAAACAUGAAAAAAUUGAAGAAUGAAAAGUCUCAUGUUCUUAUAGCACUAUUCCCAGGCCAAGGCCAAAUUAAUCCAUGUCUUCAUUUUUCCAAACAAUUAAUCAAUUUAGGCAUUGGAGUCACUUUAACCACGAGCCUAUCAGCUUUCAGUAAAAUAAAAAAACUCCCAAAUGUUGAAGGAUUAAGCUUUGCUCCUUUCUCUGAUGGCUAUGAUGGCAAAUUCCAGUUAAGUUCAGUUGAUGAUUUUCAUAUGUUCUAUUCUUCUGUAAAGUCCCAUGGAUCAAAAUUCAUUUUCAAUUUGAUCCAAUCAAAUGCAAAAAAUGGUACCCCUUUUUCACAUGUCAUCUACACUAUAAUCAUGGAAUGGGUUGGUUUAGUGGCCAAAAAAAUUAAUAUCCCAUCUACAUUAUUCUGGAUCCAACCUGCCACAGUUUUUGAUGUUUACUAUUAUAGAUUCACAGACUAUUCUGAAUAUUUCAAAAGUUGUGAUGCUAAGGAUAAAAUAAUAGAGUUACCAGGAUUGCCACCACUUAGUCCAAUUGAUUUUCCUUCUUUUGUGUUUGAUGACGUGGACAGUUCCAACUGGGCAGUUAAGUCUAUUAAAAGGCAAAUUGAAAUGUUGAGUAGUGAAGAAAAUCCAAGAGUUCUUGUGAACACUUUUGAUGCUUUGGAAUUUGAUGCUUUGAGAAUUCUAAAGCAUGUGACUAUGGUGGGAAUUGGGCCUUCAAUUCCUUCAACAUUUCUUGAUGAUAAUACUUUUCGAGCUGAUAUGAUUGAGAUUAGUUCAAAGAAUUAUAUGGAUUGGUUGAACUCAAAGGACAAGGGAUCAGUUAUCUACAUAGCAUUUGGAAGUUACUCCGAAAUACCAAGUCAAUUGAUGGAGGAGAUUGGUCACGGAUUGCUUAAAUGUGGGAGGCCAUUUUUGUGGGUGAUUAGGGAAGGACAAGACGAGGAUAAGAUGGAGGACAAGUUGAGUUGCAAAGACGAACUUGAAAAACAGGGGAAGAUAGUGAGUUGGUGCUCGCAAGUAGAAGUUCUAAAACACCCUUCUGUUGGUUGUUUUUUGACUCACUGUGGAUGGAAUUCAACGUUAGAGAGCAUAGCAUCUAAGGUACCUAUCGUGGCAUGUCCACUCUGGAACGAUCAAGUUUGUAAUGCAAAACUCAUUCAAGAUGUUUGGAAGAAUGGUGUUAGAGUUAAUGUUAGUGAAGGUGGUGUCGUGGAAAGAGAUGAGUUCAAUAGAUGUAUCACGAUCGUGAUGGGGGACGGUGAAGAAGGGGAAGAAUUGAGAAGAAAUGUCAAGAAAUGGAGUGAUUUAGCUAAGGAAGCUAUGAAGGAAAAUGGUACAUCAAGUGUGAAUCUCAAGGCUUUUGCUAAUGAGAUUUUACUUGGUCAUAAUGAGUACUAA